UUAUACGUAUGCUGGUUAUAAAUGAUAGAUGGACCUUUUUUAAAAUUUUACCGGACGCGAUUAUCGACAGUUUGGACGACGUGGAAGAUCAAAAGUCUAGAUUUUCCAAAACCGGAGGAGGGACAGGAAAAAAGCUGCCGAAAUAUUACGGACCUGGGGCUGAAAAUGCAGCUCAAGGAGGGUUGGGGGUGGCUACUCGUCCUCAACUGAAAACCUUGAAGCAUCAACAGUCCUUCACUAGUGGGAACGACUCCAAAAUGAUCGCUCAGAUGGCAAAGGACCAUUAUCCAUUGGUCGUGUCCUCGCUUGCCUUGUUCAUCGUAUGUCGCAGCUUGUUUUAUGUUUAUUUUGGGGUGGGGUCAUUCGUCCCUAAUUUUUUGCCCCUCGACCUUUCCAACGGUGUUUAUUGGCUAAUGCACUCGAACGCUGCCAUUUCUCCGCUAAUCCACUUUGCCUUUGACCCCGAGCUGAGGGAGGAAGUUGGCACCAUGAUUGGAAUUCGUAGGAACCCCCAAAGAACUCCCGUGGUCCAACCAGAAGUCGUUCUACCAUCAAUCGUUUCACCCAGCACCACCAAACCAAAAGUUGGAACCAUUAAAAACAGCAUCAACAAUAUGAGCAAGGAGUCCACAUUUUCAAACUGGUCACAUUUUUCUGCAAACAAUGAGAACGAUAAUGACGAAACUCGCCCUUCUGUAAUUGAGGUUCCACAACCACCACAAUGUUUCACAACGAAUGAGAAAUUGGGAGAAAUGACGAGUGUGGAUGUGAACAAGAAUCCGCAAAUUUUAGAUGUUCACAAGUUAUCCUUAGAAAAUGCUAAUGGCGUAGUGCUAAAAUGAUGAUUUUAUGUAGACAAUUUUAAAUACUAAAGCAAGAUAUACAUACACAUAUGUCCGUACACGUCUGUAGUUAGAUAUUUUUAAGUGGUCAAAUUUUUAACUAUUCCUCACCGCUGUAAAAUGUGAGGUGAGAAUAUUCGGAGGUUGAUAACAAGAACCACGCAUGUGACGACAUGACGACACUUUAUCGCAAUCAAGGAACUAAAAUCGCAGCAGGAUCGUGAAGCUGGAAAAAUAAAAUGACAUAUUCUUUGGACAAGAGGAAGUCUGGGAAAUGUAUCGGCGCCCAGCGUUCAUUUUCAUAAAAGUUACUGGGAAAGCGGGGGAUUUCUCGAAGCCGAUCUAUGAACCACUAAAAAACUAUUUUGAUAAAGGUAUUCCUCUCGAUAUUGAGGCAACAGGAGUGUGGGACGGCAAGCUGUCCUUAUCAAAGAGAUCAGGUCAAGAGUCUUGCAUAAGAUGCAACAUUGAUUUUGCGCCUGAGGACUAAAAUCGAAGUGCACACAUGACUGAGGAAAUGUUAAAGCAUUCAAGAGAUUUGUAUGCCAUACAUAAAUUUCAAAAUUAUGAUUAUUGAAUAUAAUAAAACUUUAGUUCAUAAAGAAA